AAAAGAAAGGAAAGUCGGUCCAUGUUAUCAGAAUUUCUGAUGUUAACGGUUGGUGAGGCGCCAUGAGGGUUAGUUGAAGAUCAACAGUCAUCAAGUCCGUGACGUUAAUUUCAUUCAGUGUUGAUCCCGUGCAGCAAGGGAAGGAAGAAAGGUACCAUGGCCUGUGAUUGGUCCAUCCACACCCCCCGGCUCCGAGCCGGAUCCCGACGCGGCCUGGAGCUAGCAUGCUUGUCCCUUGACACCUUGAUGGGCAGCUAUGGGCCCCUCUCGGAGAUCGGCAUGCAAAGGACUCCUCAAGCCGCCCAAUCCGGCCAGGACAAUCCGGGGAAGUGCCGGGGCUAACACCUGAUAGAGGAUCGUUCCUCACUCGUCGCCAUUUCGGUAU